AUGACGACACUGCUUGACCUGAAGAGCAGUGUGCUAAGGCAGGUCCAGAGGAGCCAGUCUCUGAGGACUCGGAGAGAGGCCCCGCCCGCUGCCAGCAGUCCCCUCACACACUGUCCUCCUGAGCCCUUACCUCGCAGGAUUUCAGGGGAAAGUGCGGAGUUCUUUGAGCGUAUGAAUGCCAUCCUGCAGAAACAGGAGAACAUGAUGCGGGCAGCCCCGGAUGAGUGCCAAAGAGGGCCAUGCACAAUGCCGCCACCACAAGAGCAUGUGGACCAGGCCUUUAUAUCUGAAAGAGUCAGCAGGACAGAGCUGGAUCUGCUUUAUGAGGAAGCUGUGUACACGGUGGUCAACAGGGUUGGCGUGCCUGUUCCAGAACAUGUGAAAAGUGACGACGAGCUGUUUGCUUACCUGCUGAAGGUGUUUGACAUGGGUGAGGAGGAACAUGAGAUCAUUCUUCAAAAAGUUCAAGAAUCAAAGCGAGCCAGUUUUUCCUUGAGAGUCUCUGUUAUGAAAGCAAAGAACCUGAUGGCCAAGGAUGCAAAUGGGUACAGUGACCCCUACUGCAUGCUGGGAAUCCUGGAGGGUCAGAGCCCUCGAGAAACUGAGGAGAAAAAGGAGAGAAAGUUCAGCUUCAGAAAGAGGAGAGAAAAGCUGGAGAAACGCUCUAGCACCAAAGAAGUUUUACCUGCCAGAUGCAUUCAGGUGACCGAAGUCAAGCCAGAGACUCUAAACCCAGUGUGGGAUGAACACUUUGUGUUUGAAAUAGACGAUGUUCACAAUGACCUCUUGCAUCUGGACAUAUGGGAUCAUGAUGAUGAUGUAUCUGUUGCGGAGGCCUGCAAAAAGCUCAAUGAAGUCAGUGGGCUUCGAGGAAUGGGCAGGUAUUUUAAGCAAAUAGCAAAGUCAGUGCGUUCCAAUGGCUCAGCAUCAUCGGGGUCUGAGGAGAACGUUGACGACUUCCUCGGAUGCAUCAACAUUUCUUUGAAUGAAAUUCCUGUUGCUGGAUAUGAUACCUGGUUUAAGCUGGAGCCGCGGUCAAGUGCAUCUAAAGUUCAGGGAGAAUGUCACCUUAUUCUGAAAGUCUUCACGAGCCAGAGAGACACAACUUUAUCAAAGAGGGACACAAACGUCUCCAUUCACAAGAAACUUCUGAGUCAGAUUGUGGAAUACGAGCAUGCUCAAGUUAAGAGAGAGCCAUACAACUGGAAUGGACAGGUUUCUCCUCCAGCAUGGACUGUUCUAACUCACCAUGCUGUGCAAACUGAUCUCUCACCUCUACAGCAGGCUAUUGUGCGCUGGCAGUGCUACAGCAACCAUCAUCGGAACCAGAGGCUGUGCUACUCCCUGCUGCUGCGCCUCCUGAGGACCAUCGAUGCAGAGUGGGACCCUCCCACCGUGAGGGGAGACCUGGAGAGGCAGCUAUCAGACAGCUUCAGACUGUACACAGAGCACUGCCUGUGCCUGAUGAAGAACAUGCGUCAGGUUUUCCCCUGCACAAGCGCUGCUGCCAUUACACGCUACGAGCUCAUGCUGAGGGGGAUUGGCUACAUGCAAAACAUGAGGGCAUUUAAGACUGUUUGUCCUCUCCGAAAUGAGCUUCAUUUGGACAUCACCACUGCUGUCAAGAAAGGAACGUCUGAGUGGUAUGAAAGCUUAAUUGCCCAGUACAAACCAGAGGAAGGGUCUCUGGAGGAGCAGCUGAAAAAAAUGGUUCAGGUGAUUGAUGCAGUUUGUGCAGACGUACAGAGAGGCCAAAACAUCUACAACAAACUCUUCUACAGUGCUGUGAAAGUAGAUUACUUCAGCAUAUCAUACAGGCAGCUGGAAAAACAGGUAGCAGAUGAUGUAAAUGUAGCAAUGGAGCGGGUCUGUGGCACUCUGGAGCAAGAGAGCUCCAGACUGACUCAGACUAUGGGGGAAACCAUCUUCGAACUCUUCAUGUCUUUGAAGAUCCUCAAGGGCUUCCGAGAGUUUCUUCCCCUCAAAGACGCCAAAAUGUUGGCCCUGACAGGCUUUCAUAACUGGUUCAAGUCGUCGAUUCAUAAGUUCCUGCAGAUUGUUCAUGACAGAUCCUGUGACAGAAUCCGCAAAGCUGUGGAAACAGAUCAGCUUCAGCCUGUGCAACAAGCCAAACACAGUUGCUCAGCAGUGGAAGUGACAGCUUGCUUCAGCCAGGUACGUGAGAUCUGGCUCCAGCUGUCCUGGCCAGACUCUGCGGGGGCCUUCAUCUUUGUCACUCGUCUGACAGACAACUUCUGCAAUGAAGCUGUUUGUUACUCAGAGAUGAUGACGCGCAAGAUUGAGAGGAACCAGCUGGCCCGAGACCACAAGAAUUUCACAGUGCAGCUCUGCAUCGGCCUGAACAACGUGGAGCAUGUGCGUGUUUUCCUGGCUCACCUGCCUCGAGACCUGGACUGGCCUGGCGUGGAGCGGGCCAUGGAGGAGUCGUGUGGAGCGGAGGGGAAAGAGCAGGUCUACAAAGCCCUCAGCGGGCAGCUGUUCAACAUGGACCUGGACCUGCAAAGAGAAGCCAAGCGCCUAAUCACAGUGCUCACCGACAAGAUGCAGCCUGAACUUCGGCGGUACAUUCAGCACAUCAGCUUGUCUCCAGACUCCAUCAACAAUGACGACGCUGUUUCCCCUCUCAUGAAGUACCUUCAAGACACGAUGGUCAUCCUGACAGCAAACCUUGUUAAGGAAAAUCUUACCAGAGUUCUGCAGAGCAUGUGGGAGCUGCUCCUGCGAAUGAUCCUGGACGCGGUCACAGAAAACAGGGGUGUUCAGGUGGAGUUCUACAACCGCUUCCAGUACACAGUUGAGACCCUGUUGCAGUUCUUCCAUGUGAAGGGUGACGGUCUGGCUUUGGAAGACAUGAAAAGCGGAGACUACAAGGUCUUGGAUGAAGAGCUCAAGCUAAACAAAUGUUCCUCCUUUGAUCUGAUUGAGCAGUACUACCUGGAGAAGAUUUCCCUCCAGAAAACACUCAAGCAUACGCCUUACGGUCGAAUCAGUGUGAAAUGCUACUACGAUCCUCCAGAGCAGAGACUCACAGUGGAGAUUCUACAUGCUGCGGACAUUAUCGCAUUGGAUGCUAAUGGUCUUAGUGAUCCAUUUGUGAUUGUGGAGCUUUGUCCUCAUCACCUCUUUCCAGCAGCCAAGAGUCAACGCACUCAAGUAAAGCUAAAGACGCUGCAUCCAGUAUUCGAUGAACUGUUUUAUUUUCAUGUCAGUCCUGAACAGUACAGGCACAGGUACGCCUGUUUGACCUUCACUGUGAUGGACUAUGACUGGCUGUCUACCAACGACUUUGCUGGAGAAGCUGUCGCUCCACUCAGCGACUUCUGCUGGCCGGGGAGACCCAACGCCUCGGCUGCCGGAAAGAAUGUCCAGCCCGUCAUUCUGCACUUGUCCCGCAGCAAACCCAGUGAAAAGCCAAUCAUGAGGAUGUUGGAUGCUCGCACGGGAGACAGGGAGGCUCAGGAGUUCGUCCGCAGGCUGAAGGAGAUUGAGAAGUCGAUGGAGGAGGACUGAGAGCUGUUAGUAUUGGUUGUAUUCAUGUUUUCUGAUCACAUCUUGCGACACGUGCUUUUGUACUUGUAACAAUGUUUACAAUAUUUAUCCUUUCUUUUCCAAUGUAUUGUUUGCUCGGUAAUUAUACCAAAAUGAAAAGAACAUGAGGAUGUUUUCUUACUGGAAGAUGAACAUCCAGUCACUGUGCAACGCUAUGCUGUCUCAGUUUAACUAUAUUUUAGAAGUCAAUGGAUAGUUGAUACUGAAUGUUACUAGUCUAUAUUUUUUGUAAUGAAGUAAUUGUUAUGUUUGUUGUAUAUUUGAUAUGAUAGAUUUAAUAUUUAAAAAAAAUAUUUUGUGAAAGUAGCCAACAUAUAGCUCUAAGUCUUAAGUCUAAAUCUAUACCUCAGAUAUGUUUAUUGCUUACAGAGGUGCUUUGAAGGGGGUUCUUCAAAAGUAAUGUGGAGUUCAAUUGGAUGGAAGCUUAUUUAGUGUGUUCACCUUCUACAGCAUCCAUCAUAAUUAAUGGCACCCCUAGAAAGGAUGUGUUAAUAAGUAUUGAUCAGUAGGGGGUUUGAUUUGUUUAACUAUUACUCUUUCUAAAGAUAUGGGAAAGUUUAGACCAAGUUAUCCAUUUCCUUUUCGACUAAAAUCACCACACAUCUGUUCAAUCUGCAUGCAAAUUCUCUUGUUUUUCUCACUAAAAAUUGUGGUAAGAAGAAGCAAAUCUUCUUACCUGUUGUGUAUAUUAAACAACAGGAAAGCAAGAUGUUGCUUGACAUACAAAUCCACCUUAAAACAUUAAGUAUAACUCGCAAAAAUAAUUGAAGUACAUUUAUUUUUACGGUAGAGUGAAAAUUACAAAUAAAAGGGGGAAAAUAAUGCAACGGAGGAGUACAUUUCUACAAAGAACUUUGUGAGAUCAAUUUCACAUAUUUACACAAAAAUACUUAGAUAUUCUCUGAUGUUGAAAACUUCAGAGCUUUCUUUCUUGAAAGAUUUGAUCACUAUAAUGUCAGGAAAUAUUUUGUUUAAAUAUUUUAUCCGAGUUUUUUUUCGUGUAAAUUUGCGAAUAACUCCCCUGUGGCCAAUUAUUUUAUGAAAUCUUACUUUUCAUAGGCAUUGUUCUUAGUGCAAAGAAUUGUGCCACAUUUCAUGUUAUUAAAAGGUAGGAUUUUUUUUUUUAUUAUUUUCGGACUUGUUGCAAAUCUAAGGGGUUCUAUUAAUUGUGGAAAGUGCUGGAUGAUUUAUUCUUUCAAGCUUCUUAUAUAAACAUAAUAAGACGUUAAUUGUAAGAACGCAGUUUUAGGUGGUCUGAAAUCUUAAGCUUGUGGGCCAGUGAGAGGUCUGCAGCAACAAGGUCUAACAUUUCCUCUCACACAAGCCACUGCGUGGUUUCAUUUAACUUUUAAUCACCUUGCAUUAAAAGACUUCAGUGUUAUGAAAACUUAGUCACCUACCUCUUUCUUUUUUCCUGUUUGCACAAGAGCAAUAGGGUAACUGAAAGCUGUUUUAUUUAUUCAAAGCUUUAAUAUAAAGAAUAUCUAACCUAACUCUCACCUAAUUAACAAAAGACUUGAUAGAAUACUUGCUGACUUAUAUAAAGUGACGCAGUGAGUUCAGAUCAUUACAAAAAUAUUUUAUUUUGUUCAGAAUUGAACAACUUAAUGAACAGAUGAACCUAAAGAGUUCAAGGAAUUCAUUUCUAGGACUGUCCUCCACUUUCUCUCUUUUUGUCCUUCACAUUUUUAUUCUGACGGAGGCAAAAAUACUGCAUCCUUGUUUCAGAAGUGCCAGCGUUUCAGAAACAUGUUUAAAGGAAAACCAGGCUAAUUGGUUUGGAUUCGCACAUGCAGUGUUCAGAAUCCACCAGAGAACGACUUCAGGCGUCACAACGCCUGGGAUAUGAAAGCUUUAAAUCCACGAAGGCCCUCGUUUAUGUUUUAAAUAUGAAUCUGUUCCACGGUUUGACAUUUUCUCUCUCAAGGUGAAGAAAAGUGAGGAUAAUGACACGUGCAGUGGUAUAAUUGCACUUGAGGGGAAAAGAAAGUCCUACCCUCUGCAGCAGCUCUCACUGGCCUGACAGGCAGAAUUAAGCUUGAGCUCCAAAAGCUCUGUGAGUGUAGCUGGAAGACUGGGACCUUAAUGCUGCUGCAAAAAAGAGGAGGGUCACACUUUGACCUAGAAUCCAACCACUUUACCUUGCGAAAAAGAAAUUCCUAUUACAUAGUUAUGCAAAAUAAGAGUAUUAAACAGGCUUCAAAAAGCACAAAAUAUCCACACCCGACUCUCAGUGUUGCUAUAGCAAGUCAAGAAAUAAAGUAAAUAUUGAUUAGAUUAAUCCUAGCUUAGUUUAAAAUGUGUCAAUACAUAUGUUUACUUUAUUAAAGGGAUUGUGGAUUUAAAAAUGUUUUUAAAAAAUGCACAAAUGGGAAAAUUUGCUGGUACCUUUAGUAAAGAUGUGUUAAAAUCGUUAAAAUAAAUCUCUUCUCGUAGCCACAUACAAGAGAUUGGGCAAUUUCUCUGUGCAGAAUCUCUCCAAAUUAUCCUAAGUCUCAUGGUGUGAUCUGCACACAGGUUUUCUCAAGAUUUAGGUCUGAGAUGCACAUGACAGCAUUUUGUCCGCUGAACCAUUUCCGCCUUUAUUUUAGUGUAUGAUUUUGGAUCAUUAUGAAAUACCCAACUAUAAUAAAUUUUGAUUUCAACUUAUUUUUAGUCAAAAUUUUACUAUAGUUCCAAGUGUCCAUGAUGCUCUAUAACAAGUUGUGUGCCAGAUUUUCCCCUUUGUAUAAGCCCAAACCUACCUGUGUAGAUUGUUUUAGAGAAGCUCAUCAGAACAAAGUUCAUGACGCUGUAAAACACUAGAAAAGUUGAUUACACGUCACAAUUUAGUAAUUUCAGUUGUCAAAUUAAUUUCACCCUUAAUGUAAGAAAUUUUGUGCUUGGUGAGGAUUAUUUCAUGUAGCAUUUCUUUUUUGUGAUUAAACAUUCACUAUUGGAAAACCUGUUUAGUCAGACUGAAAUUGUGCCACAUUUAUAAAGAAAUGUAUUUGUGGGUGGAGCCGGAGAGCUGCGUGGGCUGCACCUAGAACGAACUUAUCAAAUCUUCUCCGCCGAUUUCAAACAGCUUUUGGUUGAGACAAUGUUGUGAUCUGGGAUAGCACCUUCCUCAUUGGAAACAUUUUCAAAGUCUUCUAUAUGAGUGCCAGCUAAUAACAAAUAAGAGCUUUUGCCCCUUUAGGCUUUUGGGGCUUGUUGAUACAUAUACUUGUAAGCUUGCUCUUUUUUCACAAUUUCAAAACAGUCACUAAGUUGUAGUAAAGAAAGUGUAGCAGGUACUUAGCACCAAAAUCCUCACACCGACAGCAUUUUGACAGUGACGUAACCUUUUAGUGGCUGCUUGUGUAGUGCUUUGCUGUAACCAUGUGACGUUGUGAGGAUAAAGCAGUCAGAAAAAAAUAAAAACAGAAAAGAAAACAUUUUAAUGCCUAAAAAAAAAAACGUGAUUUGCAUUACAGGGUUUGUUCAGGUGUUCAGGAAGCCUGCUUUCUUACAGGUGCAGGGAGUCAUUUAGUAUUCUGAACAGCACUUGCAUUUAUGUUUGUUUAGUUUAUUUUUGAGAUGUGGCAUUUAGUUACCCCCUAGAAGACAAGCACGGCUUAUUAAGGUAAUAGUUGAAUACCUAUCAGUGUUUGAUUGGCAUUCUUCCUCAAAAACUUUAAUUUAUUACCAACAGAUGUUUACAAAAAACAAUGCAACCUCAUUUUGAGUAUAAACAAACAUUAAAAUUUAGAUUAGGGUCAUGACAUUUAUAUCUUUGUAAAGACGAUGUUAAGGGGGGCAGUUUUAAAUUCAGGGUUCUAUCUUUGGAAUAAUAAUAAGAAUAAUUUGUUAGUAUUCAGUCACAGUAAGCUAGUUGUGUUUUGUGAUCAGCAUAAAGAAGGGGCGAAACAUAAGUUUUAAAACAAAAGCAUGUUUUAGACAUGCACAAAUUACAACAAUAGUUUAAUUUCUCCCCGUAUAAUGAAUUGCUUAAUUUUGAGGAUUUUUCUUCAGAUUUUAGAGAUUAAAUCUAGUAAAAACUGUCUAAAGUGGCAAAAAAAAAACUUUGAAAUUGUUAUUGUUAAAGUGAAUUAUUUGUCAUUGAAUUGCAAAUGCCUGUGUUGCUGUAUAUUAGAUAAUAACUUUAGAAAAUGUCCACGACCCAAUAAAGACUGUAUUUAAAUUUCA